UUGGAGUCCAAAUCACGAGAGCGUAAGUUAUUCUCAGCGAACACGGCGUUUGCAAGAUUUUCAUUGUCAACGUUUGUGAGGUUGGAAAAGUGUUACAAGAUAAGAAGUGAUUGAAAAUAUGAAGGAGAGAUAAUCAAGAUAUUGUGAAUGACAGAGGAUUAUAUGUCCUGAAGAGUCGUGCAGAUUGGCGGAAGUGAAUUUUGUGCGCUUAAAUAUUAAACAUCGAUAGCUGUGAUAAGAGCAAAGGUAAAGGUUUUUGAGAUGUUAUGGGUAGACGGUAGGAACAAACAGGAUGACACAAAAGUAGAAGAAGAACUUGGAAAAGAGUCAAUGAAGUGUUUGUUGAGAAGAUAUGGAUUGAGAAGAUGGAUUAAGAAGAUAGGUAGGUACACCAAAGUAAAAAUUUCCGAGGGAAAAUCCGAGGGAAAGUCGAAGUCCUUGGGUGUACGACGGCAGAAGAUGAGAAGAUGACACCGAGAAGACGAUAAUUGGCGACACUCUUUUUACCUACUCUAACAAAAUAUAGCGUUAAUAGCGCGCUCCAGCGCUCGAGCACAGUCUGUAACUAUCGAUGUGACUUCAAGUACAAUAUAAUUACACUUUAUACGUAAACAGUUAUUGCUAUCAUUAUGCACGAAAUAAUACCAAACAAUUCUCAUGAUGACACGUGUGAUAUUAAGUGCAAAGAAGAAAUUAUUACGAAAAGAGGAGCACAAAAAACGGAUAUCAUAUGGUUUACGGUCUUUUACUUAUUGAUGAUGCACAUCAUUGGACUUUACGGUUUAAUCACGUUCAACUACUUUGAAAAUUUAAGGACGACUUUGUGGUUACUAACCAUAUAUAACUUAGGAUGCAUCGGUACGACUGCUGGUGCUCACAGAUUUUGGUCUCAUCGAUCGUACAGCGCUAAUCUACCGCUCAGACUCAUUCUUUUCGUUUGUUACUGUACAAGUGGAGGGGUCUCUAUUUUUAGUUGGGUACGGAUUCAUCGUGUACAUCACAAAUACGUCGAUACAGAUUUAGAUCCUCACAAUAGCCGACGCGGCUUUUUCUUUUGCCACAUAGGUUGGAUUCUAAGAAGACUCAGACCUGAAAUCGUUCAAAAAUUACGCGAGACUGAUAUGCGGGACGUUUUGGCAGACCCAAUCAUCGCUUUCCAUAAAAAAUAUGUUACGUUGGUGAACUUGAUAUUCUCCUAUGUUUUGCCCACGUUGAUACCAGUUUACUUCUGGGAUGAGACUUGGAACAGAUCCUUCAUUUCACAAGUAGCUCGAGUGUUACUGGUGUUACAUGCAAGCUUUUCCAUAAACAGUUUCGCUCACAUGUGGGGUGCCAAGCCGUAUAACAAAAAUAUACGACCAACAGAGAAUAUGAGUGUAAGUGUAAUUUGUAGUGGCGAAGGAUUCCAUAAUUAUCAUCAUACAUUUCCUUGGGACUAUCGUGCGUCCGAGUUCAAUUGGUAUAUUUUCAAUCACUCGUCGUUUUUCAUCGACAUGUUCGCGAAGAUCGGAUGGGCCUAUAACCUCAAGAAACCGUCGCCCGAGCUUGUAAAACGAGUUGCUACCGAUAAGGGCGAUGGCUCCCGUGCCAAUUGGGACGAAAUUCCAAUGGUGUUACAGAUACAUACUAGACAGUACGACGAGUUACGCGGCAAACUUUGCAGCGGCAGGCGCGGUUCAGUAGAAAAUGACGAAUUAAUGGCAACGGUGAUCAAUAAAAAAUCCGAAAUGAUAAAACCAAGUAUUUUCAAGUUCGAAACUGAUAUAAUAUGGUUUAUUGCUCUCCAAGUCUUUCUAUUGCACGCUAUUGGCAUUUAUGGUUUACUGACUUUCAACUACUUGGAAAAUUUGAUGACUACAAUAUGGAUAAUUCCGAUGUAUAUCAUAUCCAAUAUUGGAGUGUCUGGUGGCGCUCAUCGACUUUGGUCUCACAAGUGCUAUCGAGCAAAAUUACCGUUAAGAAUUCUACUUUUGAUAUGCUUUAGUACAUCUGCACAGAGUACGAUAUGCAGUUGGGUGAAAAAUCAUCGUAUGCACCAUAAGUAUUGCGAUACUAAUGCUGAUCCUCACACUUCUCAACGUGGCUUCUUUUAUGGGCAUGUAGGAUGGGUGUUUAUGAAAGAACAUCCGGAAUUUACUCAAAAGAGCAAACAGCUCGAUUUAUCGGAUAUUUUGUCAGAUCCUGUUGUGAUUUUUGGCGAAAGGUACUUCUUGCUUCUUCAACUUUUUUUUGGUUUUAUCCUACCUACGGCAGUACCUAUUUAUCUAUGGAAUGAGACAUGGAACAGAGCUAUUGUAUCGCAAAUAUUCAUAAGAUACAUGAUUACCUUGAAUGCCGUGUGGUCUAUUAAUAGCAUUGCUCAUGUGUGGGGCACUAAACCAUACGAUAAGAACAUAAAACCGUCAGACAACGAUUUUAUUAAUUUUCUGACAGGAGAAGGUUAUCACAACUUCCACCACGUGUUCCCAUGGGAUUACAGAUCAUCGGAAAAAGGAAAUAAUAGAUUUAAUUACACCACCAUGUUCAUUGAUAUUUGCGCGAAAUUAGGACAAGCAUAUGAUCUUAAAUAUCCGUCCAAUAAUCUUAUAAAAAGUAUUGUAUUAAACAAAGGUGACGGAACCCAUCCUAUGUUCUCCGAAGUACAGAUACCGGAAUCGAACUAGUUGUAAGCUAAAAAAAGUCAGACAAGAUAUAUGCA